AUGGACGGUCCUCUCCGUCGCCCAGCAGGGAUCCUCGGCUCACCCACGGCUUCAGGGAGCCAUCCUGCGGGCUCAGAAAUGCUCACCUCCGGCGGCAGCGGCAGCAAGCCUCUCGCUUUCUCCAUCGACCGGAUUAUGGCCAGGACACCCGAGCCCAAGUCAAUACCGCUCCCCAACUGGUUCCAGUCCGCUCCAGUGGGGAAACCUGAUGCGUGUCCGUCCUCGCUGCAUUGCAUGAUACCGCUGGUCCCAUUUGGCUACGAGCCGGGCCACCGACUCAGUAUCACCGGGCUGGAUCCGGGACACUUAGACGCCUCUUCUCUCCCAGCUCCCGCAGACUUUUUGGGGUUUGGGUUGAACUAUAAGAACCAGCAGGAGGACUCUGCUGUCAGCCAAACCACCGGGCAGUAUAAACUCUUCAGACCCCGGGUGGUUAACCAGUCCUCCUUCCCCACCAUGGGCACUGUUUGCUACCUGAAUUGCGGUGGGGAUUCGGGUGCGUGUCCGCCGCCGGCUAGCCUGGUCAACUUGCACCCAAUGGCUUCGUAUCUGCUCACCGCCCGACAUAAAGCCUUCAUGGCGGAGAAGAGCAAGCCGGGCCUGCAGCAGGCCGGGGAGCGGUACCCGGUGUCCGGCGUGCAGGCCUUCAAGGAUCUGUCUCAGAACCAUAUCCAGCACUUCAUCAAGGAGAGGGACCAGAUCCUGAGUGACAAGAUUUUCAAGGGCUCAGCGGCGGCUGCAGCGGCAGCCGCCCGGCUCAGCGGCUCCUGUCUCGGGAGCAAGCCCAAAGUUUUUACCUGUGAGGUCUGCGGUAAGGUCUUUAACGCGCACUACAACCUGACGCGCCACAUGCCCGUACACACUGGUGCGCGACCAUUUGUGUGCAAAGUUUGCGGGAAAGGAUUCCGACAGGCGAGCACGUUGUGUCGGCACAAAAUAAUCCACACUCAGGAAAAACCUCACAAGUGUAACCAGUGCGGGAAAGCCUUCAACCGGAGUUCCACCCUUAACACGCACACGCGCAUCCAUGCCGGAUACAAACCAUUCGUAUGUGAGUUCUGUGGGAAAGGAUUUCAUCAGAAAGGAAACUACAAGAACCACAAGCUGACACACAGCGGGGAGAAGCAGUUCAAGUGCUCCAUCUGCAGCAAGGCAUUUCACCAGGUGUACAACCUCACCUUCCACAUGCACACCCACAACGACAAGAAGCCCUUCACCUGCCCCACCUGUGGCAAGGGCUUCUGCAGGAACUUUGACCUGAAGAAACAUGUCAGGAAGCUGCAUGACCCAGCUGGUGCGCAGUCUCCCCCACAGGUGUAA